AUGUCACUGGCAGAUCGGAAUGACAGUCCAAAUGUCAAAUUGACAGACAUUAGGACGGUGACACAAACGGAUCUAGAAAAGAUCUGGGCAUGGAACAAGGUAUCUCCAGAACCAAUUGAGCGAUGCGUGCACGAAAUCUUCGAAGAGAAAGCCCAAGACCAGCCGGAUAAAUCUGCCAUCUGUGCCUGGGAUGGAGAGUUGCUGUACGGUGAACUGGAUCAGCUCGCUACAACGUUAGCAAAUUGGCUCACUGAAUUGGGAGUCGAACCCGGCCAGUUGGUACCUCUCUGCUUUGAGAAGUCAAUGUGGACAACAGUUGCCAUGCUUGGUGUGCUUAAGGCUGGUGGAGGAUUUGUGAUGCUUGACGCCUCACUACCAGAACAUCAUCUCCACCUCAUCGUCCGUCAAGUGAAAGCAGACCUCAUUUUGUCUUCUAUUUCAAACCAGGCACUUAGUUCACGAUUGGCUCAAAAUGUGGUUCCUAUCAACCGAGAAACCUUCAUCAAACGAGAUGUUCAAGCAAAUCGGCGCCUUCUCCCUGGUCGCCCAUUCUCUAUCAUGUAUCUGAAUUUUACCUCAGGCAGUACGGGAACUCCGAAGGGGGUUAUGAUUACACAUCGCAACCUUGCAUCGGCUCUCCAUUACCAGGCGAAACAUCUCGGAUUUACGGAAGAAUCGAGAGUCUACGACUUUUCCUCAUAUAGCUUUGAUGCUUCAAUCAGCCAAAGCUUUACAUCUCUCGCCGCAGGAGCUUGCUUAUGCGUACCAAUGGAGCAAGAUCGGAUGAACAAGCUCGCUCAGAGCAUAACAUCUCUGCGCGCAAACGUUGUUGCCCUUACACCCUCCGUUGCCCAACUGCUAGACCCUAAGGAUACCCCUACACUACAAUCAAUGGCCUUCAUUGCAGAGCCCCUACAGCUGAGGGACAUCAACCGCUGGUGGGGCAAAGUACGAGUUCUCAACAUAUAUGGGCCGUCCGAGUGUACUCCAUACAGUGUAAUCAACGGCAACGCUUCUUGUCCACAAGAAGUCCCUCGAAUAGGAGUUGGUGCUGGCCAGGUGACAUGGAUCGUUGAUCCGGAUAAUCACGAUCACUUAGUUCCGCUUGGUGACAUCGGGGAGCUACUUCUGGAAGGGCCACUCGUGGGUGAAGGGUAUUUGAAUGACCAAGAGAAAACAGCAAUGGCCUUUAUCUACGACCCAGUGUGGCUGCAGCGAGGAACAUCAGAACAGCCAGGACGACACAGGCAACGUCUCUACAAAACAGGAGAUCUUGUUCAUUAUAACGAGGAUGGAAGUUUGACAUAUGUCGGUCGCAAAGAUACGCAGAUGAAGAUUCACGGACAGAGAGUUGAGCUUGGGGGAAUCGAGCACUGUCUACAGGAGCACAUGACAGAAGCAAAGAAUGUUGUGGUAGAUAUCGUUAUGCCGCAAGGGGAAAACUCGUGUCCAGUGCUGGCGGCCUUCAUUCAAAUCUACCCGAUUUCAGGGAACCCUAAAGACUCGGAACCUACCUGCAUCGCGGAGAUACUUCACAUCUCCAAUGAAAUUGAAAAAAUGCUGACCCAACGCCUGCCACGCUAUAUGGUGCCCACCGUGUUUUUCUCUAUACAGGAAAUCUCCUUGACGGCGACAGGGAAACUGAAUCGAACAAGACUACGCGAGGUCGGCACUUCUUGUUUUCAUAAAUUCAUGGAAAGUCAAAAGCAGAUGGCAAAGAAAAAGCCAACAUCACGCGUUGGCCUGGAGUUACAAAAGAUAUUGGGCGGUAUUCUGGCCAUUGACCCAGCGCUGGUGGGACUUGAAGAUAAUUUCUUUCGGCUAGGGGGAGACUCGAUUGGGGCGAUGCGGGUCGUGUCCGAAGCUCGAAAGGCUGAUAUUGAGCUCACAGUCUCAGAGAUUUUCCAUUAUCCUACACUUGGCAGCCUGUUCAGCCGGUGCCAUCGUGUAGCUGAUAAGGUCCCGGGAAACAUUCGGCCUUUCGCUCUUCUGAGAGACAGCUUUAACAAGGACUUGUUUCUCCAAGAAAUUGCAGCUCAGUAUCAGCUGGAUCCAGCCACCAUAGAAGACGCAUACCCCUGUACUGCCUUGCAAGAAGGUCUUUUAUCCCUGUCCUUGAGACACCCAGGGGAAUACACGAUUCAACGCACUCUGGAACUGCAUUCGACCGUCCAAACAAGAGAUUUCUGUCGAAUAUGGGAAGAAAUGGCUCGAAAUACAGCAAUCCUGCGAACAAGAAUUGUGCAGUCCAGUGAUCUGGGUCUUGUGCAGUUGGUAUUGAGCGAAGAAAUCCAGUGGACUCAUACAAUAGGAUUGAAUGAGUAUCUUGAAGAGGAUAAAAAAAGGCUAAUGAAACUUGGAAAUCCUCUUGCACGCUAUACCAUGGUUACAGAUAAUGCAAGCUUGCGUCGAUGGUUCGUGUGGACGCUUCAUCACGCGCUCUACCGUGGCAUCUCGACAAACCCAAUGAAAUACGAGUUCAAACCGUUUAUCCAGUACACCGAGGCACAAAACAGUGACAAGGUAGCUGAAUAUUGGCGAAAUACUUUUAUGGACUGUGACUGUAGUUACUUUCCAGCGCUUCCGUUGUCUGUGCGACAGCCAGUAGCAGACAGCGACAUAUCUCACAAAAUACCAUGGCUCGACACACUGCCACAAAAUUUUACUAUCACAACGCUUGUCCGUGCCGCCUGGGCCCUGCUUGCCAGCUACAUGACAAACUCAGAAAAUGUCGUGUUUGGCAUCACUAAAUCAGGACGCACUGCACCUAUUAGCGGUAUCAACGAGAUUUUAGGGCCAACAGUUGCAACAGUUCCCUUCUACCAGCAAGCGACGGACAUGAUUCCUUUCGAGCAGUUCGGCUUACAUCGAAUCGCUAAAACAUGCCCCGAGGCCCAGCAGGCAUGCAUGUUCCAGACGCUUCUUAUUGUCCAACCAAAAGAAAAUAUCAGAUCCAAAAGUACGCUUGGGGUGUGGAAAGAGAGCUAUGAGCCGGAGUGGGUCAAUACAUUUGCACUGGCGCUUGAAGUGCAAAUUGGGAUGAAGAGGGUCAAUGCUAGAUUUGACUCUAGAGUGAUCAAGCCAUGGAUUGUGCGCACGUUGCUAGAAGGGCUCGACUUCGUGAUGAAGCAACUUGGCACUGCAGGAUCCCAAAAGAGCAUAGCAGAGAUCGACUUGGUCACACCGUCCAGUUUGGAGCGAAUAUGGAAUUGGAAUCGUACAGUUCCAUCACCAGUGAAAGGGUCUAUUCAUCAUAUGAUUCAGGAGCGGAUGCAGAGUCAGCCGAUAGCGACCGCUAUAUGUGCUUGGGAUGGAGAGUUCACAUACGGCGAGCUGGACCGACUUUCCACGCAGGUAGCGGCUCAGCUUGUCGAAUUUGAGGUUGGGCCGCACCUACUAGGCCCGGACAUCCUGGUGCCACUAUGUUUUGAGAAGUCCAAGUGGACAAUAGUAGCUAUGCUUGGUGUCCUAAAGUCAGGCGCAGGGUUCGUGCUGCUAGAACCCUUUCUCCCUGAACCCCGACUGCAAACGAUACUCCAGAAGGUGGGGUCGAAGUUGUUGUUAUCCUCCCAAGCCAACAUGGGGUUAAGCCUCAGGCUGUCAGAGAUGGUAAUUCAAAUCGGCCCAGAUCUAUCGCACAUCUCGAACAAUGCCUUGAGACAUGCUGCGAGUUCCACACUGUUACAACCAUCUUCGCGGAUAAUGUAUGCAGUUUUCACUUCCGGUAGCACUGGAGCGCCUAAAGGAGUGUUAGUGUCGCACAGGAAUUUCUGCUCUGCUGUACACUAUCAGUUAGACCUUCUAGGCUUCAACAGAGAGUCUAGGGUCUUGGACUUUGCAUCGUAUGCCUUUGACGCCGCGAUCUACAAUGCUAUAGCCACACUCGUUGCGGGAGGCUGUUUAUGCAUUCCCUCGGAAAAGGACCGCAAUGAUAACAUUGGCAACAUGAUGGUCGCCAUGCGUCCUACAAUUGCUAAUAUGACUCCUACGGUAGCACGUCUGCUAGAUCCGGGGACGGUGCACGAUCUUAGGACUUUGAUUUUACUUGGCGAGCCAGUCACAAUCAGAGAUCUUGAGCGAUGGCAGUCGCACAAAAUCCGCCUCAUAAACGCCUACGACCCAGCUGAAUGCACACCAAUCAGUACGAUUAACGCCUUUUCAUUCCGCACAGAGGAGGCUAUUCAGAUAGGAAAAGGUGUGGGUUUGGUAACAUGGAUUGUAAACUCAGAAGAUCACAACCGCUUGUUACCGCUAGGAUGCAUCGGUGAACUACUCCUUGAAGAGCCGCUUGUUGGCAAGGGUUAUAUAGGGGACCUGGAAAAGACCGCUGAAGUGUUUAUCGAAGAUCCUGAAUGGCUGCUGAAGGGUUCAGAUACUCGAUCCGGGCGCCAUGGGCGACUGUAUAAGACGGGUGACUUGGUUCGGUACAACGAAAAUGGGAGCUUGACGUUCGUGGGCCGCAAAGAUAGCCAGGUCAAGAUUCGAGGGCAGCGCUUUGAGCUUGCAGAAGUCGAAGUGCAUAUUCUAGAUUGUUUGCCAACAAAGGCGAGCCAGGUUGCGGCCGAAGUUGUCGUACCUGAGGGCGAGGUAAAUCCUAGACCGGUGUUGGCGGCCUUCAUCCAGGCAAGUGACAAUGGCAAGAAGGUCAACGAAAAAUCGACUUUUACAGCCAAGACACACCCCAUGGCUCCUGACAUCAAGAAAAGACUGGCAUAUUAUCUGCCGAACUACAUGGUGCCGACAGCAAUAUUUUCUCUGCCGGAUCUGCCGCUGACUGCUACGGGGAAGACGAACCGGCGACGGCUUCGUGAGAUUGGCCGGGCACUUCUCUUGGCUGAAGGGGAGCAGGCGCUGGAUGCGUCUGAAAAGACUCUUGCGAAUAAGUUCCCACAUGGUGAACCGAUAUUGGAGACUGAGCAGCCAGCGUAUGCACUAGCUCAGAAGAUACAUUCCAUGCGUCCCUCAUGGAGUCAGGAUAAAUUGCCGUUCAGAGCAGACAGUUUACAGCGGCAGCAUACUGAAUUGAACGAUUUAAUUUUACAUUCGUCAGGUCUAGACUCAGUGAACAUGAUGGAGCUCAUGUCCUUCAUCUCACAGAACUUCCAUAACCAAGUUGGAAUGCAGUUUUUGAUGGACAAAGCAACAAGUAUUAGGACUCUGGCUCAGCACUUAGCCGAUCCUCCAGAGUGCGGUGCUAAGAAACACUCCUCUUCGACUCGUGCCUCGUUUUCAGUUGAUCUUAUCGCCGAGAUCAACCGGUAUGACUCCAAGAUUUUGAGUACCCAACAAAUAACCCCAACUCACGACUACGCAACGAGCAAUGAUCUGCUGAUGGAAAGUGUCAAGAAUUCCUUUACCGUGCUCUUGACUGGUGCCAACGGUUUUGUCGGCACCCAAAUCCUACGCCAGCUCCUCGAACAUCCCCAUGUCAGUCACAUCAUUUGCCUUGUACGUGGUGAUACAGACGAGGCAGCCAGACAGCGCACCAUCAAUGCAGCUCUGAAAGCGCUCUGGUGGAAUGAUCACCACGCGGAUAAGCUAGAAGUUUGGCGGGGUGACCUGUCACUGCGAAAUCUUGGACUUGAUCCGAUGCGCUGGGAUUAUCUAGCCAGUGGCCAAGCGGUUAAUAUCAUCAUUCACAGUGGUGCAACGGUGCAUUGGACAAAAAGCUACGAAACCCUAGAGGCCGCCAAUGUUGGCUCAACCAUAGAGCUGUUACUUCUCACGAUAAGCCUCCCUUGCAUGAGAUUCCUCUAUGUUACGGGUGGUCGGCCGUGGGACUCUUAUGAAGAGCUGGAUGUUGCAAAGGAGCUAUCAUCUGCCGACGCCAUCCCGUAUAGUCAGACCAAGUUUGUCGCCGAAGCUGUAGUCAAGCGAGCUGCGCGGCGCGGCCCAUUUGAAACCAACCGGCUCGUUGUUUUGAACCCUGGAUGGGUCAUUGGCACACCAACUGAGGGCUCUUCCAACCCUGAUGACUAUAUCUGGCGGUUAGCGGCGACGUGCAUCAAACUUGGGGCGUACAAUGCGGAUGAGGCGGAUGGGUGGCUUUCAAUAUCCGACGCCGCGACCACAGCGACGGCAAUUAUCGACGCUGCGCUGGGAAAAGAAAUGAAACCGUUGGAUGAGAAAGAGCCUAUGGAUGGCAUAACAUGGAGGGAAUUUUGGGCCAUCCUCGAGGGGCUAGGUUACAGGCUUGAGGCUAAGGCCAUGGAAAAGUGGUUGUCUCUUGUCCGCGCAGAAAUUGAAGCUGCAAGGGAUAAGCAUCCCCUGUGGCCACUGGCUCACAUGAUCACAGGGUUGCAGAAUGAUGAGCGAAUGGUGGGUAGCUGGCGGCAGAAGCGUGGUAGCACGCCGUUACGAUUGAAAGCUGCUGUAAGAAAGAGCGCCGAGUUCCUUGUCAAAGGCGGGUUUUUACCCACGCUUUCAGAUCAGCUCUAA